AUGUCUUCUAAUUGGUGGCUAGAGCAGGUCCAGUGGGAGGAGUCUGCUGCCGCAUCCGAACCAAACAGCAGCAGCAGCAGCAGCAGCAGCAGCAGCAGCAGCAGCAGCAGCACAAACAUCAGCAGCAGCAGCAGCAGCACAAACAGCAGCAGCAGCAGCAGCAACAGGAGAGUUCAGGUAGAUCCUCUUUUGUCUGACGUGCUGCAGUUUGUCUUUGUGGGAUCUCGUGCUGCUGCUGCUGAUGUCUAUCACCUCUCGCUGCUGCCGCUGCUGCUGCAGCUGUUUCAGCAGUUUGCUGCUGGGGGCCCCCACGAUGAUGAGGGGGCCCCUGCAGCAGCAGCAGCAGCAGCAGCGCUUGUGGCUCAGGCAGAGCUUGCUGCUGCAGAACAAAAGAGCAACAACAACAACAACAACAGCAGCAACAACAGCAGCAGCAGCAGCAGCAACAGCAGCAGCAACAGCAGCAACAGCAGCAGCAGCAGCAGCAGCAGGGGUGAGGUGUCUGCAGCAUAUGCGGAGCUGCAGCUGCUGCCUGUUGAUGGCGCGCAGACAGUUGUCGCCUUCUGGGGCCCCUUCUGUCUCACCUUCUCCAAGCAGCAGCAGCAGCAGCAGCAGCAGCAGGAACAGCAGCAGCAGGAACAGCAGCAACAGCAGCAAUAUGCAGUUCAAGAUAGUAGUGAUGAAUACCAGCAGCAGCAGCAGGAGGUAGAACAGCAGCAGGAGGAGCAGCAGCAACUAGAACUGCAGCAGCAACAGCAGCAGCAGCAGCAGCAGCAGCAACAGCAGCAGCAGCAGCAGGACGAGGGGGAUAGAGAAUAUGAAGAUGUGCAGCAGCAGCUGCUGCUGCUGCUGCAGACAGCUAACGAUGAGGAGGCAGAUGAACUCCUAUUGAAGCUGCAGCAGCACCAUCAGCAGCAGCAGCAAAAGUAUCAGCAGCAGCAGCAGCAGCAACAGCAGCAGCAGAAGCAACGUGUGCACUGGGAACCGCAGCAGCAGCAGCAGCAGGAGAGCGAGGAUUCGGAGCAGCAGCAGCAGCAGCAGCAGCAGCAAUGGGGGGGCUUGCUGCAGCACCCGCAUGCGCAGCAGUGCAGCAGAGCCGGGAGCGGCUCAGAAGAGGAGACACCGCUCAGCAGCAGCAGCAGCAGCAGCAGCAGCAGCAGCAACAGCAACAGCAACAGCAGCAGCAGCAGCAGCAGGAGCAGCAGGAGGAGGAGGAGGAGCAGCAAUAGGAAAAACAGAAAAGGAAGCAGCAACAGCAGCAGCAGCAGCAGCACCGCACCCACGGGCAGCAGCACCACGGCCAGCAGCAACACCAGCAGCAGCAGCAGCAGCAACAACAACAACAACAGCAGCAGCAGCAGCAGCAGCAGCAGCAGCAGCAGCAGCGGUCUUUUUCGUCCUUUCCAGGGCAACAGUAUUUCCCGUCCCGGUUACUUCUACUGCAGCAGCGACAACAGCAGCAGCAGCAGCAGCAACAGCAGCAGCAGCAGCAGCAGCAGCAGCAACUGCCAGUGGUGCAGCAAAGAGAAAAUAAAAAAAGAAGAGCUGCUGCUGAUUGAAGCCCUAAGAACGCAUGCACGCGGGGGGCAGCUCCGCUGCCCCUCUGGUUGGUGUCUCCGCGGUGCUGUUAUAGAUGGGUGUAAUGUUGCUGCUGUCCCCAAACAGCAGCAGCAGCAGCAGCAGCAGCAGCAGCAGCAGCAGCAGCAGCAGCAGGAGGAAGAAGAGGUUGUCUUUGACCUCCGCAGGCUGCUGCGAGGGAUACCCCAGGCUACACACCAGCAGCAGCAGCAGCAGCAGCAGCAGCAGCAGCAGCACCAACAACACCAGCAGCAGCAGCAGCAGCACCAGCAGCAGCAGCACCAACAACACCAGCAGCAGCAGCAGCAGCACCAACAACACCAACACCAGCAGCACCACCACCACCAGCAGCAGCAGCAACAGCAGCAGCAGCAGCAGCAGCAGCAGCAGCAGGAGAAGCUUCUCUGGAUCGGGAGACGACCCAGGCAGCUGGGCGUUGCUGCCGCUGCCCCCAAACGACAGCAGCAGCAGCAGCAGCAGCAGCAGCAGCAGCAGCAGCAGCAGCAGCAGCAGCAGCAGCAGCAGCAGAUGCAGAUGCGAGCUGCCUAUUUGGUUGCGGCUAGCUAG